GGGUGAAAAGAAAAAGAAGGCUGAAUUUCAUACACCAAACACAGAUCUAAAGUUGUUUUCUUUGAUUCACAAACAGAUUUCAACAACAUUUUGGUUUGAAGCUAUGAAGCUAGAGAGAGAAAGAUGAGAGAGAUUAAGAACUGUUCUUCCCCUCUCUUGUUCUUCAUCCAUCCAACCUUUGUUUUGAGGGUUAAAAAGUAAUGCUAGGCCCAUGGGUAAAAAAGGAAGAUGGAUUGCUGCCAUAAAGAGGGUUUUUACACCCAACUCCAAGGAAAAGCCACCAAAUGAAUUUGAGAAGAGGAGCAAUAAGGGAGUUGGAAAGCUAAAGCAUGGAGAGUCCAAUUCCUUGAUUCCCUUGUUUAGGGAGCCAAGUAGUGUUGAGAAGAUCUUCUUGGACUUUGAAAGAGAGCAACAAAGAGUAUCAUUUAGGCCUUCCUCACCACCAACUCCUCCCUUUGUUACUCCUAGAAAUGUUUCUCCAAGACUCUUCUCUUCUCGACGACCCUCUCCGCCCGUCUCGCCUCCUAGAGUCAAAAACCGCCCUAAGACCUUCCGCUUUCGACCCGAACCCACUCUCCGAUACCAUCAUGCAUCUGCAACUAAAAUCCAAGCUGCGUAUCGAGGCUACGUCGCAAGGAGGAGCUUUAGAGCUUUGAAGGGGUUGGUGAGGCUUCAAGGAGUGGUGAGAGGCCAAAAUGUGAAGAGGCAAACAAUGAAUGCAAUGAAGCAAAUGCAGCUGCUGGUUAGGGUUCAGUCUCAGAUUCAGUCUCGGAGGAUUCAAAUGCUUGACACUCAAGCUCGCCAGCAUCACGGCCCUAACCACAACGACCUCGACAUUGCUUCAGGCACCAAACUGGGCUUCACUCAACUUUCAGAGGCAGCUAACCAAGAAGAUUGGGAUGAUAGCUUACUUACAAGAGAAGAAAUAGAAGCAAGAUUGCAAAGAAAAGCUGAAGCCAUAAUGAAAAGGGAGAGAGCCAUGGCUUAUGCUUAUUCCCAUCAGCUAUGGAAGGCCAGUCCAAAUUCAGCUCAAGCCGUCAUGGCAGACAUAAGAGCUGCCGGAUAUCCACGGUGGUGGAACUGGCUAGACCGCCAGCAACCACCGUCAACCGCACCAUCAGAGCCCCAAACCCUACAAAACUUCCUCCAAGCACCUCAAACUCCAAGCAAACACCAUCAAAUCCUCCCAAAACCGACACGAAACUCCCCGGCAGCGUUCCGAACGCCGCCGGGCGGAAGCUCGAGAUGGUAUUCGAGACCAAAAGGCAGCAUGAAUGGAGCUGAAUGUUGUUCACCAUAUGAUGUAGCACUCAAAGAUGAUGAAAGCCUCACGAGCUGCCCUCCUUUCACAGUCCCACGGUACAUGACACCGACAGUCUCAGCCAAAGCCAAGCUAAGAGGCUGCGCCACUCCGCCGCCAAUUGAUACUCAUUCUUCCAAAACAAGGCUUUCAUUUGGUUUCAAAUGGAACAAACCCAAUUUGUUCUCUAAUUCAAAGAAGGAUUCGGGUGAUAAGAAUGCUCAAAUGGGUUUGAACAAGAUCCAAUCUUUGCAAUCUUUGAGCAAUUUGAGCUUGGAGUCUACGGCUUCCUUGCCUGCUGGGGUUGGAAGGAAGCCAUUUAAUAGAUUUGUGUGAUUAUUAUUAAUUUUUCUUUUUUCUUUUUUUAAUUUUUCUCUAUUAUUGAAUAAUGGGAUUUAUUGUCUUUAA